AUGCUGCGAACUCCAGUUGUCAAGCUCGCAAGAGCAUCUUCCAUCAAAAGACCUUUCUCAAUCUCUGCUCGGAGAGCGUCGGAGGGAGAUACCGGUGCCCCCAGAUCUGGCGGAAUUGCUGCAAGUGACUCAUGGACCAAACGAGAGCAGGCCAGCGAAACCAAAUUCAUUCGGGAACGGGAAAUGGAGAGUCUGCGAAAGUUGAAAGAGAAGCUCGCCCAGCAGCGAAAGCACCUCGAUGAAUUGGAUCAGCACAUCAAGGACUUGGAGAGCGACCGUGCGGGAGAGCAGUAA